AUGUUACCAUUUAUCAAUCAAAUGAAGCUCAUUGCGUCAUUCCUCCUCUCCUACCCCCUCGCCGGUCUGUUGAAGAGAAUCCCCGACGCUCAACCCUGGAAGAAGAAUGCCUUCAUCAUUGCCGUUUCCUUGUUCUAUCUCGUUGGCCUUUUCGACCUAUGGGAUGGCCUUCGCACUUUGUUCUAUAGCGCCGCCGGUACCUAUCUGAUCGCCUACUACAUUGAUGGAUCGUUGAUGCCCUGGAUCGGCUUCAUCUUCUUGAUGGGCCACAUGUCCAUCAGCCACAUCUACCGCCAGAUCGUCAACGAUCCUCAAGCGAUUGAUAUCACUGGUGCCCAGAUGGUCCUGGUCAUGAAGCUCACGUCUUUCUGUUGGAACGUUCAUGAUGGUCGACUUCCCCAAAACCAGCUCUCAGAUCCUCAAAAAUAUGCCGCGAUUACGCAUUUUCCGAGCAUCCUGGACUACAUGGGCUACGUGCUAUUCUUCCCGGCUCUUUUCGGUGGUCCGUCCUUUGAAUACGUCGACUACCGUCGCUGGCUCGACACUACUCUUUUCGAAGUCCCCCCGGGUACCGACCCGUCGAAGGUGCCCCCGACCCGUAAGAAGCGCAAGAUCCCUCGCAGUGGAACUCCUGCCACGAAGAAGGCCCUGGUUGGACUGGCAUGGAUCCUGGCAUUCCUACAGCUGGGGUCUUACUACAAUCAAGAAACCAUCCUGAGUCCCAGAUACAUGGGCUACUCCUUCCCUCGACGGGUCUGGAUCAUGCACAUGGUCGGGCUAACCGCACGCCUCAAGUACUACGGCGUCUGGUCCCUGACGGAAGGUGCUUGUAUCCUGUCUGGCAUGGGAUACAAUGGCUUCGAUCCCAAGUCCGGCAAGGUCUUCUGGAACCGGUUGGAGAAUAUCGAUCCCUGGAGUCUUGAGACCGCGCAAAACUCCCACGGAUAUCUGGGCAGCUGGAACAAGAACACCAACCAUUGGCUGCGAAACUAUGUCUAUUUGCGCGUCACCCCCAGGGGAAAGAAGCCGGGCUUCCGCGCCAGCUUGGCCACGUUUACGACCAGCGCUUUCUGGCAUGGUUUCUACCCGGGAUACUAUCUGACAUUCAUCCUUGGAUCGUUCAUCCAGACGGGAGCCAAGAACUUCCGUCGUUAUGUACGCCCGUUCUUCCUCACUCCGGACGGGAGCAAGCCGACUCCCUACAAGCGCUACUAUGACAUUAUGAGCUGGUUCGUGACUCAAGUCACCCUGUCCUUCACGGUGAUGCCCUUCAUCUUCCUCGGAUUUAGCAAGUCCAUCGGCGUUUGGCAGAGCGUCUACUUCUACGGGAUCGUCGGCAACCUCCUCAGCAUUGCCUUCUUUGCCAGCCCCGCCAAGGGCAUCCUCAUCAAGAAGCUCAAGGCCCGCAACCGGCCUCAUGUUACACGCUCAACCAGCUCCGACACCCUGCAACAGCCAACACUAGGUCUUCCAAGUGACGCUGUUCAGGCCUUUGAUGAGGCCGUGCAGGAGAUCCGGGGUGAAAUUGAAGCCAGGCGCAGACGCGGCAGUGCCGUUACCAUGCCGACUGGAGAAGAGCUGAAAGCAGUCGUGGAAAGCAAGAUUGGCCGCAAGCUCACAUGA